AUGGCUUCCCCUAGCGUUUUCACCUUUGACGCUGAGGGUCACGGCCUCUCCCUGUUUGACCUCACUUCUGGUGCCUCCCCUGCCCCUGCUGCUGAUGCUGACGCCACUGUUUUCUCAUUGUGGGCCACACGUGAUGCUACUGCUCGUCUUGCUGUGCGCCGCCACUUACCGACCACUGAGCGUGCACACUUUAGCCAGUACAAGAGUGCUCAGACCUUGGACCACUUCCUCUCUGUUUGCCCCACCACUCUCACCGUUGACCUCCUCGAGAAGGCCCUCCUAGCGAUAAAGAAGAGCAUAGUCGCUUUAGGAGCCUCUCGUGGUGACCCUCGCACCCCUGUCUUUGAGGGGUGUUCUCCAUCCCCCCUAUUGCCCUCUGUUGCCUCUGCUGCUGCAGCCGACCUCGUUGGUUUCGAGUCGGUUGGCGCUGCGUCUGCCCCGAGCGGGAAACGCCGCACCGGCAAGGGCAAGGGGGGCAAGGGCACUGGAGAGGCUGGAGGGGGCGGUGGAGGUGGUGGUGGAGGCAAGGGAGGGAGUGGGGGUGGCGGUGGGAGUGGUGCUGGGGGUGGCAGCGGCGGCGGCAGCAGUGGAGGCGGCGGAGGCGGUGGAGGUGUCGGAGGGAGCGGAGGCGGCGGAGGUAGUGGAGGAGGCGGAGGUGGAGGAGGCGGCGGAUCUGGCAGAGGCGGCGGAUCUGGCACAGGCGGCGGCGGCGAAGGCGGCGGUGGUGGAGCGAGUCGCAACUUUGCAACGAGGACUGGCGCCGGUGGUGGUCUGCGCCAGCAGCAGCAGCGGAGUGGUGUGACCCUGUCCCCUCAGCAGCUUCGUGAGUGGUACACUGCACGCCAGCGCGGUGGGGGUUCUGGUCCCUGCUCUUACGUUCUCCGUACCGGCAGCCGCACUGGUGAGCAGUGCGGAGGCCCGCACUCCACCCAGCGCUGCUUUGGUCGCCUGACGGACGCAUGGCGUUGCUAG